AUGCCGACGGAGUUGGAAGAACUCGUAGAAUUUCUGCACCACGGCAACACCCAAAUCCGCCAGAUCGCCGCCGAACACCUCGUGGGCUAUUCAACAGCACAGCCAUCGCUGUUCAGGCGAAAUCAACUCGCGCCCGUCCAAGACCUGAAACUUCUGCUCAAAGACUACCCGCCGAUUGCCAAGAACGCCUUGACGAUAUUGGUCAACAUUUCGGAAGAUGCAGAAGUAGUCAAGUCAUUAGCAGAGGAUGAUGGCUUCAUCGAGUCGUUAUUACGGAGGGUGACCAGUCAGAAAGAGCCCAAUGCAGAUCUCAUGUGCAUGGUGUUGGCCAAUAUGGCUAAGCAUGACACGAUCACGAAACUGCUGAUUCUGAAGCGAGAUGUGCCGAAGCCGUUGUCAACAUCGCCUAUUGCGAUAGACCAGCUGCUCGACUGCUUCGUGAAGGGUGCUGAAGGCUCGUACAACAAGGAUGCCAACUACGACUACCUCUGCUACCUCUUCGCUGAUCUCGCCAAGCACGAACAAGGUCGAAAGCAUUUCUUGACGCCAAGAUCAGAAGGGGAAGGCGAUGAAGCGGAGAAGGUUGUGCCCAUCACGAAACUCAUCGUCUUCACCGAACACGCCUCCACAAUCCGAAGACGAGGUGUAGCAAGCACAAUCAAAAAUGUCUCCUUCGACGUGCCUUCACAUCCCACCCUGCUGGAGGACGCAGAAGAAGGCGGCGUCGGUCUUCUCCCAUACAUCCUCCUCCCACUCAUGGGCAGCGAAGAGUACUCGGACGAAGAUACCGAAGGCAUGCUCGACGAAUGCCAACUUCUGCCUCCCGACAAGGAACGCGAGAAGCAGCCAGACAUCAUCUGUCUGCAUCUCGAGACUUUGCUACUGCUGUCAUCUACGCCUGAGGGUCGAAAGAGGCUGAGGGAUGUGAAAGUCUAUCCGAUUGUGAGGGAAGUGCAUCAGCAUGUCGAGGAUGAGAAUGUGAGAGAGGGCUGUGAUCGUUUGGUGCAGGUUUUGAUGAGGGGCGAGCCUGGCGAUCCGAGUCCUGAGGAAGAGAUGAGAGCUGCGCAAGCUGGUGCUGGGGAGUCGAGGGUAAAGGAGAUCACCGAGGCUGAGGACGAGGAUGAGCAGAUUGUUGAUGUGAUCUAG